AAAGCAGUUAGAGAACUUUCAUAUGAAUUAUUUCAUGAUUAUAAGCAAAUAAGCGAUGCUGAAAUGAAAGUGCAACUCAAAAAUAAGUUAGAAAAUAAUAAAGAUUCAAUCUUGGAAAUUAUUUUUAAUGAACAUUACCUUUCUGCCAAAAUUGAUUCUGAAGUUAUUGAUAUUUGGUUCCAGAAGCUUUUAAAUGAAAAUAAUAUGAAUAUAGAAAUUACUUAUGAUGAAUCUCACGAAUUAAAUGAAAAUAACAAUAAUGGAAAUAACAAUGAUGAAAAUGAUGAGAAUUUGUCUGAAUCUUACUAUGAAAGAUAA